AGUGGGUACUGAAUUCCAAAACUCUUUGUUAUUCGGUGUGUGCGUGUCCAACUUUGAACGCACUUUGAUACUGCCACUUUCUCCACCACAAAGAGAAAAAAGAGAGAAGAAAAGCGAAUCCCCUGUGAUCUCUCACACAAUUCCAAUUCCUCUGGAUCUCGUCUCGAUCGAUAGAUCUCGAACAUGAGCACUGGGGAGCUUCUCAACAUCGAACCUCUCGAACUCAAGUUCCCCUUUGAGCUGAAGAAGCAGAUCUCAUGUUCUCUUCAAUUGUCCAAUAAGACCGAUAGCUAUGUAGCCUUCAAGGUGAAAACAACCAAUCCGAAGAAGUAUUGUGUUCGUCCGAACACUGGGGUUGUCACGCCUCGAUCUACGUGUGAUGUUAUCGUUACCAUGCAAGCGCAAAAAGAGGCUCCUGCUGAUAUGCAAUGCAAGGAUAAGUUUCUUCUUCAGAGUGUAAAAACUGUUGAUGGUACCAGUCCGAAGGAUAUCACUGCAGACAUGUUCAACAAGGAGGCAGGGCAUGUGGUUGAGGAGUGCAAAUUGAGAGUGCUGUAUGUUUCUCCACCUCAACCACCGUCUCCAGUCCCAGAAGGUUCGGAGGAAGGAUCCUCACCUAGAGGUUCUGUUUCAGAGAAUGGAAAUGCCAAUGGUUCUGACUUCACACAAGCGGCAAGAGGAUUUACUGAGCGACCUGAAUCUCAAGACAGAUCUGCAGAGGCUAGAGCUCUUAUCUCAAGGCUGACUGAAGAAAAGAAUAAUGCAAUUCAACAAAAUAGCAAGCUCUGCCAGGAACUGGAGCUACUGAAGAGGGAAGGCAACAAAAGUCGUGGUGGAGUCUCAUUUGUCAUUGUCGUAUUAAUUGGCUUGCUUGGCAUAAUUAUGGGGUAUCUCAUGAAGACAACCUAAGCAUUUCUGCGAUUCAAUCUUUCACCAUAGUUUUCGAUCUUAGUUUCUUUGUUCCUGACUAUUCAAGCAAUUAUGAGGAAAGUUAAAAUAGAUCAAUUCAGCAGAUGUUGGUUUUUCUUUUUAUUUUUGCUAUUUCUUUUCUUUGGGUGGAUAACAUUUUGGAAGUAGAAAACAUUAGGGGAAGUUGUGGGUCUGGUGGUUAAUCAUAUUGUGAACUGACUCAUACUUUCGUAACAUGCAUUCUUUUUGUAACUUAAGAGGGGAAGCUUCUUGUUUCUUCUUUUUGUGGUUCGUCUGGUGACUACAUGGUAAUGUCAAGUUGUCAAUGAUGACCACGAAUAACAUCAUUCUUCAUGGACUCUCUCUCUAUCGUCUUUUCAUGUCAAGAAUGACCUUUAGAUGA